AUGCAACCGGGCUUUGAAAUGCGAUCAAAAACCACACCCGGGCAAAAACAGGUUUUCCCAGCCCGACCAGCUUGCAGCUGUUCACGAACCCGGUGCAUUGUGGGAGUUGUAGUUCCCUCCCCCUGCCUCCUGCGGGAACUGCAUCCCCCAGCAGGCUGUGCUUCCUCGGCUCUCCGCGCGGCUGCGAAAGAGGUCAAUUGCACCCUCUGGGGUGCAGCGCGAGGUGAGGGUCGCGUGUCGCUUACCGCGGGGUGAAACCCAGGACGCGCCAUUCGGAGGGAGGGAGAGAAAUGGUCGAGGUCCCCUUUGCAGAGGAUGCCCAUUUCUCCUGCUUGCCCCUCCCCCGGCUGGUUACAUGUAUAGGGUCGAGAGUUACAUAACGAGGCGGCGAUCCUCUGCACUCACAGAAAGCUGCUGCACCGACAAAAAUAGAUCCAAGUCCAGAAUGCAGCUGGGGGGAUUGAGAAGGGAAAUUCUGAGGUUCCUCCCCCAAGCGCCCCAGAGGCAACAUUAGAUUUAAUGGGGUGGCUGCCCUAUAACCUUUGCGUAAGCUACCGAGGGGCAUGUCUUUUAAAAAUCCUAAGCCCUUUUAUAGUUCUCGUUGGUUGGAUGAGCACUUUUAGGAAUCUUUCAUUUCAUUCCCUCUCCCUCUUAAGUGUUUUUAAUUGAUUAUCAAGUGGGUUUCGGAGACCUUUCCUUGUGCAAAGCAGUGAAGAAAUGGAAUAGGUAACAUUAUCAUAAAAGAACUUUGAAACAGGGGGUGUCUCUCUGUCCCCUCGAUUUAGCCAAUCUAUAGAAGGAGGGUGAUGAUGUAAUAAUAAUAAUAAUAAUAAUAAUAAUAAUAAUAGUAAAGUUGAAAGGGACCCUGAGGAUCAUCUAGUCCAAUGUUUUCCAAACUUGGGUCUCCAGCAGUUUCUGGACUACAACUCCCAUCAUCCCUAGCUAGCAACCCCAGUGGUCAGGGUUUGUGAGAAUUAUAGUCCGAAAUCAGCUGCAGACCCAGGUUUGGGAAACACUGAUCUAGUCCAACCCCCUGCAAAGCAGGAAUAUAAAACUGUCCCGCAUGGGGAUCAAACCUGCAACCUUGGCAUUAUCAGCAGCACGCUCUAACCAACAGAGCUAUGAAUAAUAAUAAUAAUAAUAGCCAAUUUAAGCUGCAAUCUGAGUAGGCAUGAGAGAACGAUUGUGGCUUAGUGGCUAGAUCAUCAGGCAAGGAUCUGGGAGACCAGAGUUCAAAUCCUCACUCAGCCAUGAAGCUCACUUGGGGCAGUCAUUUGCUCUCAAUCUGACCUACCAUACAGAGUUGUUGUCAAGAUAAAAGUAUAUACGCAACUUUGAGCUCCUUGGAGCAAAAGCUAGGAGAUGAAUUCAAUAAAACAAACGAACAAAUCGAAGUUGCAUGGGCUCAGCACCUCCCAUUGAGAACACAGUCCGAUUUUGGAACUUAAAAACCGUUUUAAAGCUUUGAGCACCUUCCCCUAACCAGAUGCCCUCCAGUGAGAUGCCCAUCCAGGCUAGGAGAUCACAGUGGUCCUCUUGUGCCACACAGUUAAACAAGUGCUGUGUCGUGGUUCAGGGAAACCCAGGUCCAAGCCAUAGCUGUCAACGUUUUCCUUUUUUUAAGGGAAAUUCCCUUAUUCCGAAUAGGAUUCCUCGCAAGAAAAGGUAAAAGUUGACACCUAUGGUCCAAGCCCACCCUCGGCCACUUAGUGAGCUUGGAGCUUGUCAUUUUUUCAGCCUAAUGCUGGGGUGAGGAAUCUGUGGCCCUGCAGAUACGGCUCAACUCUCAAUGUGGCCAGUGCUUGGGGAUGAUAGCACUGGACGUUCCCCAACUCUGAAUUUAAAUUCUUGGGACCACCCCAAGCCUUUGAGGCAAAAAACAGGGCCAGCCCAAUGUGUUUUGUUGCCUGAGAUGAAGCUCAGGAGCCUCCACCCCAAGUAUCCAGUCUGCCUAAAGGUCAGGCCGGCUCCGAACAAAAAGCCAUGUGAACAGAGUUUGAAAACAGCAGUCCUCACCUGUCCCCUUCUGUCCUCACCUAGAUGAGCGUUACCUCUCUCCUGAAGGUCUUGGAAGGAUGGCCCAUGCGUGGACUUCACUGCCGUGGCUCCCACUCCUCCGUGGCCAAGGCUGACCAGACCCUGGCCUUUGUUCCCGCCAGUCCUCCCCUGGACCCGGCAGAAGUCCAGAAGCUGCAAGAGUUUGUGAGCAGGGCCCGGAGGCUGUUUGUGUUGACCGGAGCAGGAAUCUCCACCGAAUCUGGAAUCCCGGACUAUCGCUCUGAAGGCGUGGGCCUCUACUCCCGGACAGAUCGGCGUCCCGUCCAGCACGCCGAAUUUCUGCGGAGUGCCCGGGCCCGCCAGAAGUACUGGGCCAGGAACUUUGUCGGCUGGCCCCAGUUUUCAGCCCACCAGCCCAACGUCGCCCACUUGGCCCUGAGGAACUGGGAGGCACUGGGGAAACUGCACUGGCUGGUGACCCAGAACGUAGAUGCCCUGCACGCCAAGGCUGGCAGCCAGCGUUUGACCGAGCUGCACGGCUGCAUCCACAGGUUAGGGAGAGUGGCGAUGGGGAGGCUGGCUGAUGGAAAAAGGGGAGUGCAACUUUGCAACUGGGAUGAGCUAUUCCUGGAGAUGUGAACAGCAGUUGGGGGGGGAUUGUUGGCCCCACAAAUCCCCUUGCUGAAAAAUAAAAGGGGCGAGUGAUUGGUCUGCAUUGCCGUGACCAUAAGGUAAAGGUAAAGGGACCCCUGACCAUUAGGUCCAGUCGUGGCUGACUCUGGGGUUGCGGUGCUCAUCUCGCUUUAUCGGCCAAGGGAGCCGGCGUACAGCUUCCGGGUCACGUGGCCAGCAUGACUAAGCCGCUUCUGGCGAACCAGAGCAGCGCACAGAAACACCGUUUAGCUUCCCGACGGAGCGGUACCUAUUUAUCUACUUGCACUUUGACAUGCUUUCGAACUGCUAGGUUGACAGGAGCAGGGACCGAGCAACAGGAGCUCACCCCAUUGCGGUGAUCGGCAAGUCCUAUGCUCUGUGGUUUAACCCACAGCGCCACCCGCGUCCCAUAGAGAGAUAUAAAAAGUAACCACUGCAAGUGCCUUUAAAAUACACACUGCUACUGGCCCAGAGAUGGAAAGAAGAUAAAGUAUCUACCAGAGAAGAAUGGCAGAUGAAGUUAAAGACCAUUGUAAACACUUAAAGUCUUUAGUAGGAUUGUAAUAUCACUUGUAGUUUAAUGGUGAAUUCUGGACACAAUGGAAGAGGUAAAGGGUUUGGAUUAUCAUAAAAGAUGCAGGAGGAAGUGACUAAUAAUAGGACCCACAAAGGGGAGGGUGGAAGUCCAGGAGAUUCCUUGGAAUCUUGUUUUUAUGAUUUAUGUUUGAUAUAUCUCUAUAAAAUUUUAAGUUGAGAAACCAAAUAAAUAAAUUUAAAAAUAAAAUAAAAUGCAUCCUGUGGUUGUUAUUGUUGCUGUUUUACAAUUUGAUCUUGAAUGAAAACAACAACAACAACAAUUUAUAUGCUAUCCAUCUGAGGGGGUGCUUGGAGUCGCAGGACUACAAUUGAUUAUUUUUUUGUUGCAUAAAUUUCAACAAUCCGAAAGUUUGAAAGGCAUUAGCACAGACGUUGCAAAAGUGGGGUAAUCUGUGGUGGAACAACCUCAUUGAAGAAGAAAACAACGGUUACCCAGACCUCAUUGCUGGUUGUGAAAGGGUCCCUAUGACAGUUCGCGCUUCGGGGCCCCCCAAAAUGUAGGUCUGCCACAGCCUAGAGAUGGCAGGGAUUGAACCUGGGACCUUCUGCAUGCAGAGUAGGCGGUCUGCUAUAGAACAGUGGUCCUUUUCUUAUAAAUUCAGCAAGACUCCAGUCCUCAUGGUUCUGAACUAUGGAACUCUCUCCCACAGGAGGCAGUAACAGUCACCAACCUAGAUGGGUUUAAAAGGCAAAUUCAUGGAGGGGAGGGCUGUCGAUGCCUACUAGCCGUGAAUGCCAGGCCCUGCCCCCCCAGUGGGAGGCAGCAACACUUCUCAAUACUGCUUGCUGGAAGGAGAAUCCUUGUGCUCAAAUCCUGCUUGCCAGUUUCCCAUAGGCAUGUUGUUGUCCACUGUGAGAACAGGACGCUGGACUAGUUGGGCCAUUGGCCUGAUCCAGCAGGGCUGUUCUUACAUUCUUAUAAAUAAAGUGCUGAUUUAAAUAGGAACCUAUCCCAGGCUGAAUCAGACCACCGGUCCAUUGAACGGAAGUGUUGUCUGUACUGCUACAGCCCUUCCCCUAAAAUAAAUUAAGAUUCUAGUCCAUGGGUCGGCAAACUAAGGUCCACGGGCCCAGUCAGGCUCAAUUGCCUUCUGGAUCCGGUCUGCGGACGGUCUGGGAAUCACUGCGUGAAUCGCCAGUAUACACGUUUUUCCCCUCUCCCUCACACAGCGGCGGUGGCGCCUCCUCCCUCCCUCCUCCUGGCUUCUCCCUGCCCUGCCUAGAGGAGGAAGGGGGCUGGGCUUUGUUGGUGCCAGCAGCAGCGCUUGAGCAACCGCCAUUUUAAGCAGCGCCUCUCUAGAGCCCUUUCACACGCUACCAGCCCCUGCCGCUCAAAAGACACAGGUAAGCAGCCACAGGGCUCGUGGUGCUCUUGCAUCAUUCCCUCCCCCCCAAAAAAAAUAUAUAGUCCGGCCCCCCACAAGGUCUGAGAGACAGUGGACCGGCCCCCUGCUGAAAAAGUUUGCUGGUCCCUGUUCUAGUCCUUAUGGCUCUAACAAAAAACUCAGAGCUGAAUCAAACGAGACAAUAGGCUGCUGUGAAAACAGAAUGCCCCAUUUGGCUCUGUCCAGCAGGCCCUCAUGUUUUUAUGUUGCCUCGCAGGGUCUUGUGCCUCAGUUGCGGAGACCGGACGCCCCGCACUGACCUCCAGGAGCGCUUUGAGGCCUUGAACCCCACCUGGAGAGCCGAGGCGCAUGGGGUGGCCCCGGACGGCGACGUCUUCCUGUCCGAAGAAGAGGUGCGCACUUUCCUCGUCCCCCCGUGCUGCAAGUGCGGCGGGAACCUCAAACCAGACGUGACGUUCUUUGGGGAUUCCGUGAGCAAGGAGAAAGUGGACUUUGUGUACCAGCGCCUGGGCGAGGCCGAUUCGGUCCUGGUGGCGGGGUCCUCUUUGCAGGUGGGUGCCCACAGCCAGCGAGGAGCUGGACCUGGGAGCAGAGGAGCGGCGGUCGAUUUCUCCCCCCAACCCCAACCCCCACCCCACAAAGGCAGGUUCAGAUUUAGCUGCAUGGAGCAUACAGUUCUCUGAAUCAGAACCGCGGUGUUUAUAUACCAUGUUCCCAAAAUUUGUCUCGGUUAUCUGUACAAAAUGGGACGCGGGUGGCGCUGUGGGUUAAUGAAGCUAAUGAAGGCACCAGACGAACUUCCCUGGGGAGAGAAUUCCACAGACAGGGAGCCACUGCAGAGAAGGCCCGUUCUCGUGUUGCCGCCCUCCGCACCUCUCAAGGAGGAGGCACAUGAAGAAGGGCCUCAGAAGAUGAUCUCAGGGUCCAGGUAGGUUCAUAUGGGAAGAGGCAGUCCUUGAGGUAUUGUGGCCCUGAGCUAGUUAACAGUAGAUACUUUCAAGUUACGUCUUGCUAUUUAAAUGGUCUCCUAUCUGUGUGAACCUUCCUGAGUUCUUAAACAGGAAAUGGAGAGGAAGCUUUAUUUCACUGUCCUGUAUAGGUCAGAGGGUGCAACAUUUAUAUAUUAAAUGACAUUUGUAGACUGCUAAAGAUUUUUAUUUUUAAGAUAUUGAAGUGGUGUACAGAAAUUGAAAACUGCAAUAAAACCAUCAAUAGCAAACCACUAAACUCAUCAUUAUAAAAUACAUUCUAAGCCACAAUGUAGCUCAGGGACUACAGCAUCUACGUUGCAUGAAGAAUGUCUGGGGUUUCAGGCUGGACUUGGAAAGGCUCUGUGUCUGAAACCCUGGAGAGCUGCUGCCAGUCAGUGUAGACAGUACAGAGCUAGACAGAUCAAUGGUAGCUUCCUAUGUUCCUAAAGGAACACAGUCCAGCUUUAAAAACUGUGGAAAGCCCAAGCAAAAGAGGUUGCCUCUAAGAGGUGUCUAAACAGGCUGUGGGAUGCAGGUGGCGCUGUGGUCUAAACCACAGAGCCUAGGGCUUGCCGAUCGGAAGGUUGGCAGUUCGAAUCCCCGCGACGGGGUGAGCUCCCGUUGCUCAGUCCCUGCUCCUGCCAACCUAGCAGUUCGAAAGCACAUCAAAGUGCAAGUAGAUAAAUAGGUACCGCUCCGGCGGGAAGGUAAAUGGCGUUUCCGUGUGCUGCUCUGGUUCGCCAGAAGCAGCUUAGUCAUGCUGGCCACAUGACCUGGAAGCUGUAUGCUGGCUCCCUCAGCGAAUAAAGCGAGAUGAGCACUGCAACCCCAGAGUCGGCCACGACCGGACCUAAUGGUCAGGGGUCCCUUUACCUUUACCUUAUCUGUACAAAAACCUUGUGAGGUUUAUUUUCUUACCGCUUUCAUAUCCCGCCUUUUUCCUCCAAGGAGCACAAGGCGACGUUUUCGUCGUUCUCCCCCCUUCUCGUUUCAGUCCCCACAACAACCCUGUGAGGUAGGUUAGGCUGAGAGAGGCAGAGACUGGCUCAAGGUUGCCCAGUAAGCUUUGUGGUGGAGUGGGAAAUUUGAACUCUGGUCUCCUAGUCCAACACUCUAACACCACACUGGCUCUCAGGCUGCAGAGUAUAAUUAUAUGCAGGUGAGAUCUGCCAGGAAACCUUGCAGUGUUAACGUGCCAGCUCAUUUUCGUGCUCAAUUCAAGGUGCUCACAUUAGUGUUUGAAGCCCUCAGGCCCCCAAUAUAUGAAAGGCCACCUCCUUCCCCACAGAACUUGUCGGGUGCUGAGAUGGGCAGAGGAGACCCUCUUGGUAGUUCCUCCACCUUCAGAGGCUCAGGAUGGCAGCAGCCCAGGAGAGGGCCUUCUCUGUGGUGGCCCCUAAGCUGUGAAACACACACCUCUUCACCCUGUCGUUGGACAUUUGGGUGUAUAUUUUUAGAACCCACCUUAUUUCUGUCAUUGUUUUAAACUGUUUUAAACAGAUCCGAUUUAAUUGUUUGUUUGUUUAAACAACAACAACAACCACACUCCCUAUCUCACAUUCAGGAGCUUUUGCCAGCCAGUUAAACAGCCCCUUCUGCUUUAGAGGACUGGGCAGGUCAAUUUAUUCUUUAAUCUCUCCCUGCCCCCACCCUGGUUUUCUUCCACACCUCCCUCUUCUCUAUAACUCUGAGGUCUCCAACAUAGCAUCUGAGGUCCCUAACGUAGCAGCUGUGGGCACCACACCGCCUUCACACAGACAGACACACACACACACACACAUAUAUAUAUAUAUAUACACACACACACACACACAUACACACACAUAUAUACACACAGACUAUGUCCCCCAAGGCCUUUGCCUCUUCCAAUUUUUAAAAAUUAGAUAUUAUAACUUUUUGUUGUUUGAUCGGGGGGGGGGUGUUGCCUGGUUAAGGAAUGCUGUUGCCCACCUCCUUUUUUAUUUUUUUGUCUGUGUUUUAUCUGGCAUUUUCUAUGCUUUUUUCUGGGCAGGGAGCAAUAUUCUCCAUUAUCAGUCUCUCUUCUGUGAAAUGGGUAUUUUUGCAGUGCCCAGGACAGUGGCUUAGAUUUCCGAAUGUGUGCCCAGCUCCAAAAAGUUUGAGGACUGUUCUGAUUGCUAGCCAAUGUUUCACGGGUGCUGUGCAUGCUCAGUCCCCACUGGGCCAAUUUGUUUAAAGAGUUUUCUGUUCAAGGUCCCGGCUGUUGAUCUCCAACUACUGCAAACUUUGCUGACAGCAGCAAAACUAUGCAUUGCCCAAUCUUGGAAAUGUAAAUAAAAAAAAUCAAUUAAAAGAAUCAAUCACCCACGAUUACAGAAGAAAACCAGGGAAACAGCCUUGUAUAUAAAGCAAGCACAUAAUAGAGAUAAAAAUUACAAUAAUUAUCCAUGCCUUUGCUCAUGCAAUUCUGGAAUGACAAAGUAGCAGAUGAUAUCUUUCCAUAGAACGUAUAUAUGUUAAUUUAAUUGUCUGCCACCAUGUAUUAUUUCAUAGAAUCAUAUAAAUGUAAAGUUGGUGGGACCCAGCUUGCUGCAAUGCACCUGUUCUUUCUCCUCCCUCUAUUAUUAUUAUUAUUAUUAUUAUUAUUAUUAUUAUUAUUAAUACCCCGACCAUCUGGCUGGGUGGCUUCGAAUACAUAUAAAAACAUAAUAAAACAUUGAACAUUAAUUAUAGCAGUCUGAUCCAAUACAAAAAAUGUCACAAUAACUUUAAAAUAAACAACUUAUGUCAAAUAAAGCAACAUUCAAUAAUCCAUUGGAAUCUAAAAGUAACUAUUAAAAUUAAAUAUCAGCAAAUACAGUGGAACCUCGGUUUUCGAACUUAAUCUGUUCCGGAAGCCCGUUUGACUUCCGAAACAUUUGAAAACCGAGGAUCAAAGGGCUGCCUGACCAUCUCCUGCCACGUGUCUCAACAGGUAUACUCAGCGUACAAGUUUGCACUCGCAGCCCGCGACGGGAAGCUACCGAUGGCUGUUGUCAACAUUGGCCCGACCAGGGCAGAUUCCUUUGUGACUCUGAAACUGAAUUCUCGUUGCGGGGAGCUGCUGCCUCUGAUUGUCCUAAAGUGACCCAAAUCGACACCCCAGGGGAGCAACCCCUCUCUGGGGUAGGUAAGUGUCCCCACACUCUUGCAGCCCAGCAGAGUUAGGCCCUCAGUUGGUCAUGUCUGGUGCUGGAACCCAAAGGGCAUGAGGCCAGGGAAGAAUCAGAAUUCAGAAUCAUAGAAUAGUAGAGCUGGAAGGGACCCCUGGGGGUCAUCUAUUCCAACCCCUGCAAUGCAGGAGGCACAGCUAAAGAAUCCAUGACAGGUAACCAUAAUAAUAAUAAUAAUAAUAAAUUAUAAUUUAUUUAUACCCCGCACAUCUGGCUAGGUUUCCCCAGCCACUCUGGGCGGCUUCCAACAAAGUACAGUGGUACCUCGGGUUAAGUACCUAAUUUGUUCUGGAGGUCCGUUCUUACCCUGAAACUGUUCUUAACCUGAAGCACCACUUUAGCUAAUAGGUCCUCCCACUGCUGCCGCGCCGCCGGAGCACGAUUUCUGUUCUUAUCCUGAAGUACAGUUCUUAACCUGAAGCACUAUUUCUGGGUUAGCGGAGUCUGUAACCUGAAGCUUAUGUAAGCUGAAGCUUAUGUAACCUGAGGUACCACUGUAUUAAAAUACAGUAGUCUGUUAAACAUUAAAAGCUUCCCUAAAGAGGGCUGCCUUCAGAUGUCUUCUAAAAGUCUGGUAGUUGUUCUUCUCUUUGACAUCUGGUGGGAGGGGGUUCCACAGGGCGGGUGCCACUACCAUCUAACCUCUCGCUAAAAACCUCCAACAAUGGAGAGCCCACCGUCUUCUAAGGUUGUUGUUGUUGUUGUUUUAUAUGCCACCCAUCUGACUGGCUUGCCCCAGCCACUCUGGGCGGCUUGCAACAAAUUAGAACAUCAAACACAGCAAAACAUCAAACAUUAAAAGCUUCCCAAAAGGCUGCCUUCAGAUGUCUUCUAAAAGUUAUGUAGUUGUUUAUCUCCUUGACACCUGAUGGGAGGGCGUUCCACAAGGUGGGCACGACUGCAGAGAAUUCCCUCUGCCUGUUUUCCUGCAACUUCUCUUCUCACAAUGAGGGAACUGCCAAAAGGCCCUCAGUGCUGGACCUCAGUAUCUGUGCUGGACGACGGGGGUGGAGAUGCUCCUUCAGGUAAAUAGGGCUGAAGCUCUUUAGGGCUUUACAGGUCAGCACCAGCACUUUGAAUUGUGCUCGGAAACGUACUGGGAGCCAAUGUAGGUCUUUUAGGACCGGUAUUAUGUGAUCCAGGCAGCUGCUCCCAGUCGCCAAUCUAGUCACUGCAUUCUGAAUUAGUUGGAAACAACAACUUUGAAGUCACCUUCAAAGGUAGCCCCACGUAGAGUGCAUUACAGUAGCCAAGUAGGAGAUGUUUAGUCAUAAUCUCCUUUCUUGUCAUUUGAAUCCAUCGGUUCUAGUCCUUCCCUCAGAACAGCAGGAAGCAAGCUCGCUCGACCUUCCAUGUGACAGCCCUUCAAAUAUUUGAAGGUGGCUAUCCUGUCACCCCUCAAAGCUGAAGGACCAUGGAGAGCUCCAAGUGAGCCACUUGCUCCAGCAAAACUUGAGCUCGGACUGAGCUUGUACAUGAGGGAUGGAGAAGCUGUAGCCCUCCAGGUGUGGUACUCCAGUUCCCAUCAGCCCCAGCCAGCAUGGCCAGUGCUCAGGGAUGAUGGGAGUCCAGCAACAUCUGAAGGACCACAGCAUAGCGCCUGUUGCUGUGUGGGUUGAACAGAUUGAGGAAAUGUGCAUCAGUGAGGCAGAACUAUGGAACUCACCGCCGCAGGAUGCAAUGACCGUCACCAACUUGGAUGUCUUUUUAAAAAAGGAUUCGAUGAAUUCAUGGAGGAAUUUAAAGCAGGGGCGGGCAACCUAAGGCCCAUGGUCUGGAAGCCGCCCAUGGAGGCCGUUUAAUUGGCCCACAAGCCGCCCCUGAACCAAGCCGCCCGCUCAGCGAGUCCCUGCACACUGCGCUAAACCGGCGCGGCGUGGGGACUCUCUUCUGCAGCUCCAGAAAUCGCUUCUGUGCAUGCCCAGAUGCCAAAAAUUGCUUUUGCGCAGGCACAAAAUUCAGUGUCUGGGCAUGCGCAGAAGUGAUUUCCAGCACUGUGGACAUGUGUGCAGAUGUAAUUUCUGGCGUUGCGCUGCGUCGGCCCGGCCCAUGGAGGAUCUCCGCAGGAGUGAUCCAGCCCAUGCCCGGUAAGCCUUGCUGACCCCUGCUUUAAAGGAUGUGGCCAGUGCCUGGCGAAGUCUCAGAAGAGGGCAGAAUGAGACUCCAAAGGGGGUUUCGUUCCUUGUCCCUUCAUAUGAUUAGAAGGCCAGAAAAAAACCCCUAAUCAAAAUUAGUUAACAUGUGAAUUUAAGAAGAGAGUGCCGGAUCAGACCAGUGGUCCAGCACCUUGUUCUCAGAGCGGCCAACCAGAUGCUUUUUCUGGGAAACCUUCAAGUAGGACCCAAGCACAAGAGCCCUCUCCCGUCCAGUGUUUCCCUGCAGCUUGUAUCCAGAAAUAUUACUGCCUCCCACUGCCUAGGCGGAACAUCCAUUGCUGGCCUUCUCCUCCAUCCAAUCCUUUUUUCAAAAGACAUCCAAGUUUGUGAAGGUCAUUGCAUCCUGCGGCGGUGAGUUCCAUAGUUCUGCCUCACUGAUGCACAUUUCCUCAAUCUGUUCAACCCACACAUCAACAGGUGCUAAGCUGUGGUCCUCCAGAUGUUGCUGGACUCCCAUCAUCCCUGAGCACUGGCCAUGUUGGCUGGGGCUGAUGGGAACUGGAGUACCACACCUGGAGGGCUACAGCUUCUCCAUCCCUCAUGUACAGGCUCAGUCCGAGCUCAAGUUUUGCUGGAGCAAGUGGCUCACUUGGAGCUCUCCAUGGUCCUUCAGCUUUGAGGGGUGACAGGAUAGCCACCUUCAGAUAUUUGAAGGGCUGUCACAUGGAAGGUCGAGCGAGCUUGCUUCCUGCUGUUCUGAGGAAAGGACCUGAACCGAUGGAUUCAAAUCAUAGAACUGUAGAGUUGGAAGGCACCCAAAGGUCAUCUAAUCCAGCCCCCUGCAAUGCAGGAAUCACAGCUAAAAAGCCCCUCUCCCAUGGCCAAUCUACGCAAGAGAGAGAAUUUUGUCCUCUUCAAUCUCUUGCAUGCUACAUUUGAUUUUAUCGCCUGGAAAGGCACACCCCAGUUUAACAGCACAGUUCAAGAUUGCGGCCACUUCACCAAAAAAUAAUUUUAAAAAAGAUAGGAAGCUUUAAACAAAACAGAGCCGAGCAGUUCUGUCCUGUUUCCACUUGCUAUUUUUAUUUAAUCCACUUGGUUUAUUUAAACCAAGGACUUGUACACUGACCACUAAUAAUGAAUAAUAUGUUGUAGAUAUUAUUGCAAUUCUAUUAUGCUAUUUUUGCAAUGUACAAAUGACAUUAAAAAAAAUAAUUGUGGCCACUUUUGUGGACAAUCUUCAAACAUCAAGUUUGCACUUGGGUCCUGCUGGUGGGCUCCUCUUGGGGGCACCUGGUUGGCCACUGUGGGAACAGGAUUCUGGACCAGAUGGGCCACUGCCCUGCCGCAGCAGCUGGGUUCUCCUUAUGCUCUUCUGGAACCUCCAGGUCUAGGGGCAGUCUAUCCUGAUUCUUGAAUUCCUGGGGGCAUUUGGUCCCUGUGAGAGCAGGAGGCUGGACUAGACAGGCCACUGGCCUGAUGCAGCGAGUUUCUCCUUAUGUCCUUUAUGCAGUUUAGCUUUCUUUGCAGCAUCAACCUACUGGGGGGGCGAGGGGGGGCGGACGCACCAGCCUCACCACCUGCCAUGUUUUUUCUCCUUCCAGGGCCGCUGCCAGCAACGCCGCCACAUCUUCCCAGAGCUCAUCCAGCCCCACGUCCGCUUUCAACACGCCUGUGCUGGCCAAGUUCAGAGGCAGCAAAGACGAGGAGAAGGAGGACAAUGAAAACCCGGGUCCUGAUUCUCAGCCGACGGGGGCCUAA